UACUUUUGUUGGAUUUCACAAUAAAACAAUACUCAUAAAAAAUAUUCAAUAUAUUGGGCAACAACUUUAAUAAGAAAUAUAUUUUGAUACGACUUCAAAAUAUUCCAUUAUAAUUAUAAAUAUUUUGAAUUUCAUAUGUUUUAUACAAGAGGCAUCUUUCUUCAUAUGUCUUCCAUCAAGAAUAAUAUCUUGUAUUUCAUUAUUUUGAGUAUCCUCGCGCAAGUUCGGAGCCUUGUGGAGCUCCCGGGCGAGGAAGCCGUUGAGAUAGUGGCAGUCGAGUCAUCAAUACGAAAAGUCACCAACGGAAUAUUCUCAGCCCUCAAACUCGAAGAUGUCAAGCAUAAAACGAGGAUCAAAGAGUACUCAACAAUUCACAACUUCUUUGUCACCAUCACAUUACAAGAUCAAACCAAUCUGAAGGAAAUAGCAGCUCUUGUAAAAGUUGAUAACGUCGAUAACAAAACGCGACAUUUUAUUGCACAAGUAAAUGAAGUAUUAAAUGAAGAUAAUAAAAGCAACGAAGCUAAAGAUGAUGUUUAUGUUACAACACACAUAGAAACGUUUAUAAAGAAACUUGAAUAUUUGAAAGAUAAAUAUGGAUUCGCUAACAAUGAUCCUAAUUUUGGUAUAAAUGCACACAUUUUGCAACAUUUGAAAGAGGAUGCUUCUAAGAAUACAACUCAAGAAAGAGAUGAUACGGAUAAUAAUGUUUUGAGUGAUUUAGAUUAUUGGCAGCCCAGUGGUCGCCGUAUCUUCCAGGGUCAUCGAGAGAAGAUCACACGGUUUCCAUUUGUAGCGAGCGUGCAAUUCUUCAACAAGUUUCAGUGCGGGGGCUCCAUCAUCAAAUCCGAUCUGGUCAUCACUUCAGCGUCAUGCCUACAAUUGGCUUGGAACAACCGCUUCUUCAGAGAAAAUCCAGCGUUCCUCUCUGUGCAAGUUGGCUGCGAAUUGUAUGAGGGUGGAGACGAGAACAUCUCUAUCCAGGAGGUUUACUUCCACCCUGAUUAUGAUCCUAAGAACUUGAGGAACAACCUUGCGAUAAUGCGCUUACGUCGUGUCCUGCGUUUUGGAAAACGCGUAAAGAAGGUCAAAAAGAUUAACUUUGAUAGAGAAGCGUCACCUCUACCACAUAAUACUGAUGGUAUCACUAUCAUCGGCUGGGGUGCUAAAAGUACUACCAAUGUCAUUGGCAGCGUUUGGUCCAACCGUCUGUCUUAUGCGGUUCUUGAUUUCUACCCGCUAAAGGAAUGUCAAGAUGUAUAUUCCAAGGACUUCGUGACGUACAAGAAUUUUUGCGCUGGAUUCUUCUCAAAGGGAGGUGGAGCCUGUAACCGAGAUGUUGGUGGUCCUGGAGUAGCCCAUGGGGUUCUUGUGGGAGUGGUCAGCUUCGGGUCUCCGAACUGUGGCGCCCCGGACUCCCCCACCGUCUUCACUAAGCUCGGCUACUACAAAAAGUGGAUUGAAGAAAUCAUGGAAAUGGAAACACGAACCGGCAAGGCGAGAACCACAAUGAAAUCGACAAGACUCUCGUUCAAAGUGGAGCAUUACCUGACUACACCGUCCGGAUACGCAGUCGAACCACUCACCACCACGGACAUGUCGCAAAGUGAAACUUAUCAAGUUACACCUAUACCCAUAAAGAGUAUAGACGCCCUUAGAGCUUUAAAUGAUAAUAACAUGUUUAAAGAAUUCAUCACCACUAUGUUUGGUAGCGAGGAAGUCAAGGAAUAUCUAGAUCAAUUUGAAUAUGAGACGGAUACAGACGAUGAAGAAAAAUUAAACAUGGAAGCCCAAAAGGUCUUAGAUAUGAUCAGAAUCAAUACAGGAACAACUACUGUGCAAACCACACCGAAGACAAGUGUUACUGAACACUUCAAAGCUCCUACUGAAGCCUCUGAGGACUAUAAAGUGGGCUCCGUUCGAAUGGUUACUGCGAUCGAGAACUUUGAGGAGCUGCCGAAGCUUGAGGACAGUAGUGACAGUGGCGACAGUGAUGAUUUAGAAACGACACCGAAAUUGUUCAUUGACUACGCAGAUGUACCGGACAGCGCGGAGAAAGUGGAAGAAAAAAUUGCCAAACUCAUUGAGAACAUUGAUAUACAAGAACUGUUGAAAUCCGAUUUGGGUGACUCCUCGGCAGAUGUUGCUAUGAAAAAUAAAACAGAAACCACACCACACGUCCAGACGGAUAAAGGAAUCGAGAUGGCCCCUGCGGAUGAUACAAAUGAUAGCUCUGAUGAUGAUGACGAUGACGAUACCGAAGAUUUAGACGGCGAAGACGAUAACGCUGCACCAGAAGAUUUAUUUUUGCAUUUGCUCGACUUAACGCAGAAAAAGACGCAGCAUAAUAAGAAACAACAACACCAACAAUCACUAAAACAAAGCGAGCAUCCACAAAAACGGCAUGAGCACAAACAAGAUCACGAAAAUAAAGAAAAACAUUAUCAGCAACAACAACAACAGCCGCAAAAACAACAUCACCAAAAGCAAAAGCAACAGAAAGCUAAUCAGCAAAAGCAACAGAAAGCUAAUCAGCAAAAACCAAAUAAGGCAAAGAAACAUAAACAGAAAGUCUACCAGCAACAACAACCACCAACGCCAGGACUGGGCAUCCAAAGUACUUCGUUUAAAGAUUUUACUUUCAGACAAAAUGAGUCCAGUCCCGGCAGCAUACUGGAUAUAUUCUCCCAAAGUGAUCUACUAAGACUACUGACAGAAGUUGUCGAUGAUUCGGCCAAAGGCAACGCUACUGCUGAUGAUAAUAAUUCUGGCGUCUGGUAGGGAUACUCUUGUUGAUUUCUUUAAUUAAA